AUGGGGAAAAGCCUGGCCAGUUCGUUUUUUCGAAAAGGGGCACACCCCCGUGGGGAUCGUAGAGAUAUCAGCAAGGAGGAUUUGCUGACGCGUCAGUGGGAAAAUAAGAAGAAGGAGAAGAGGGAGAAGAAGGAGAAGAAGAAAGAAAUGUCAAGAAGUAAAAGCAGGGGAACAAAUCUGCAGGAAGAGAGAAACCAAAAAAGUACAUACAAACGCAGUGCACAGUAUUCCACCUUGGGGAAAUCUCCCAAUUAUGAGCAACUGAUUAACACCUCGGAUAAGAAGCACUUGUGUAGCUUCUCGUACACCCCCUGCAAAUCGACGCUGUUCUUGUCGAACAACUCGAAUAAAAGGUGCUUUAGAAGGAAGAGCACCGAAGGAAACAGGGGAAGGAGAAAAGGAGGGGAUAAUAAAACGGAUGAGCCAAAAGGUAAUCAAGGAAAGGGAAGAAAAAACAGAGAUGAUGGAAACGGGUCGGACUCGCACAUGGAGUCCGAUUCAGAGUCCAGCUCGGGUGAGGAUGACGAAGAAGAGGAAGAGGAUGACGAAGAGGAGGAAGAGGAUGACGAAGAAGAGGAAGAAUUCGAUGAAGAGGAGGAAGAGCAAGAGGGAGGCGAAUUUGACGUCGGAGAUGAAAACGAGGAAGAGGAGGAGGAAGAGGAGGAGGAAGAGGAGGACGACGACGGGGACGACGAUGAGGACAAUGACGAGGUCGAGGACAAUGACGGGGCGGAGGAGGACGACGAAGAGGAGGAUUACGAAGAAGACGAAUUCGACGUGGACGAGGAAAAUUAUGAUGACGAGGAUGACGAGGUGGGGGAGGAGCAGGACGACGACGCGGAUGAGGAGGCAAACGCUGACGAAGAUAAUGACGAUGGUGAUGAAGACGAUGGUGAUGAAGACGAUGGUGAUGAAGACGAUGGAGAUGACGACGAUGAUGAUGGCGACGAUGAUGAUGGCGAUGAUGAUGACGACGAUGAUGACGGCGAUGGUGAUGACGAUGAGGAUGAUGAGCCUGAGGACGAAACAGAUGAGGAAGAAGAUGAUGAUGACGAGGAUGAUGAACCGGAGGACGAAACCGAUGAGGAAGAAGAUGACGAUGAACCGGAUGAGGAGGAGGAUGACGAGGAUGACGAGGACGACGAUGAGCCGGGUGGCGAGACGGACGAUGAUGACGAAGCAGACGAUGAUGACGAAGCAGACGAUGAUGAGGAAGCAGACGAUGAUGACGAAGCAGAUGAUGACGACGAAGCAGACGAUGACGACGAAGCAGAUGAUGACAACGAAGAUCGGGUAUAUCACAAGGGUCGCAGCAAAAAAGGGAAAAAAAAAGGCAAAAGGGGAAAGGAGCACCAUUUUAAGGACGAAGAAGAAUCGGAAGGGGAAAUGCACAGAGAAGACGACAAACACGAUUAUCAUUACAACCAUAGCAACAGCCAUUAUGAUAAAAAAAAAAAACUGUAUCUAAAGAGAAAGAAUAAAAAAUUUAAGCACAGAUACGUGUACCUGAAUAAUCUAUUCAAAGAUAGCGUGUGUAUAAACACCACGAAUGUAUCCAAUUUUAUAUCAGUAAGUAAGGACAAACUGACUGCUACGUAUAGCGCAUGGGGAAAACACACAGAUAUUGCAUGCGUUCAGGUAAAUAAAUGUGCAUCGAGAGAUUGCAGCAUAUACUAUUUUGAAGUGGAAGUGUUAAGUUGCUCCAACUUCUCCAAAAUUGUGAUAGGCAUGACGAGCAAAAACUACACAAUUAACAAAAACCCAGGAUCUGAAUAUAAUUCCUUUGGAUAUAAAAAUGAUGAUGGGAAAAAAAUUAUCGAUAGCAAAUUAGAAAGCUACAGCAAUGGGUAUACCAAGUAUGACAUAAUCGGGUGUGGGAUCAACUAUUUCGACAACAGUGCCUUUUUUACAAAAAAUGGAAAAUUUCUAGGAAAGGCAUGUAAUGUGAACCCCAAGUAUGAUUAUUAUGCCACUGUUGGAUUGACUACUCUAGGUGACCGAAUCAAAUUUCACCUGAACAAUUUCUACUUUGACAUAUACAAUAUGAUUUACGAAGAAUGUGAAAAGGAAAGGAAAAUCAUUAAGUCUAUUUAUAUUCAGAAAGAUAUUUUUACUGAUGUUAUUAAAUCGCAUUUGAUAAAGUGUGGGUAUUUUAACACGUACAAAUCGUUUGUGGAUUUUAUGGAGAAGCAUAAAAACACGGGGGACAAUGGUAGCAGCGUCGGGGGGUCCUCCAACAGUAAACACUCCCUGGAUAGGUUCUUUGCGGGCCAGGCGGACGCCCCGGGGGGGGAGGGUGAAACAAAAAAGGAUGAAGCGAAAAGGGAUGAAGUAAAAAGGGAUGAAAUAAAAAAGGAUGAAGUAAAAAGGGAUGAAACAAAAAAGGAUGAAAUAAAAAAGGAUGAAAUAAAAAAGGAUGAAGUAAAAAAAGAUGAAGUAAAAAAGGACGAAGCGAAGGACAAACCCACGUGCGACCCCACACACAGCGCAGAUGAUACCCCCAGCACGAGUCGCCCAAGCAGCCAAACAAAGUGCGAGGAACCCCCAACGCACCUUUCACAAACGCAAAGUAGCGAGAAUAAGGACAAUGAUGGGGAAGCCGAGAAACCGAAAGGCGAAUCGGUAGAAGCCGCAAAUGAUCACAUUCAGAAGGAAGAUGAGUCUCUAUCCAAAAGUUGUGCCCACAGCAGUGAGGCACCGAAAAAUGUGAGCCCGCACAAAAUGGAAAGAAAAAAUUCCAAGGAGGAUCAAAAUGACGAAAAAGACAAACACACUUUUAACAAAUUUCUAAUUAAUUACCUAGAUGUGUAUGAAAAACUGAACAAGGAGGAAAGGGGCGAAAGCAGGAACAAAACGGAAGAGGCAAAGCAAGGAGGGGAAACGGGCAACCCGACCAUCACACCAAGUAGUGCACUCAGAAGUGAUCAAAAUGAAGGUGAGGAUAAACAGGCGAGAGAUCCCAAAUCUGGAACUGAUGAGGCGAAAGGGGAUAGCCAUCCAGUGAGCGAUAUUGCGGGAAGUAGCAACAGGGAAGAAAGACCUAACAGCGCGAGUGUCGCAGAUCAGCAGAAGGUGGAAGCGAGCACAGGGGGUGUCCCCCCCCUCACCGAUGCGGCCCCACCAGCCGUUGAACCUCCCCCCUCCGGAGGUGAAAUCCUCCCUUUGAGCCAAGCGCACGGAAAGCAGGACCCCACAGAAGAAGCAGAAAAGCAAACGAUCAGCGAUCUCACGGCCAACAUCCUAAAGAGCUACGAAUUUAGCCCAUACAACUACCCCCACGCAAACUUGCAAAAUACAUUAUGGAUAUCGCGCAAAAGCAGUCUUGGUAAUUUAUUAAACGUAAGAAAAGACUCCAGUACGUUACUACUAAAUCGAUUAAGAGGUAAAAGAAGCCUGAACUUGAAAGAAGAUUUGAAUAUUUUAGCUACAAAUUUUUUUAAUACCAAAAAGGAAGCGAGAAAAAGUGAAAGUGAUAUUAAUAAAAAAAUCCAACUUUUGCUACGAGAAAAAUCAGGGAUGAUUAAAAAUGAAAGUUUAAAAAAAUUAAAUAAAAAAGAAGGAAAGGGGUACCCAGUAGAUAAGGAAUACAUUACGAAAUAUUUUGUCAACCUAUACCUGUCUGACGAUAAGCUAAAAAAAAUGGUGAACUCACUACAAACAAGACACAUCAUACGAAAUAGCAUUCUCAGUGGAAAUAUUAUACAGGUGCUGAAUAUUUUAGAAGAGGAAUAUGCAGAUUUGUUGACGAACGAGAGGGGAAGCUUUCACAUUGCUAUGUUGUACACGCAACAGCUGAUAGAGAUAUUGAAGCCGAAUAAGAAAUUUAUUAAAAAAAUUUCUUUAAGAAAAAAAAAGUGUAAAAAAUUUGGAGCGUAUGAUAUAGAGGAUGAUUUGCUCAGUGAAACGAGUUACAAAACGUAUGAUACUUUAAGUGAUGACCAUUUUUAUGAUGACAUCAAAACGGAUUGCGGGUCUUCCGAUAGUCUACUUUGUGAGAGCUCCAACGAGGAGUAUAGCAAGCACAAUGACAUAGUCCUGAAAUUGGAGAAGCUCAACAGAAGAGGUGGCAACCGCGAGAAGAUUAACAAAAAGGAGACGAUAGGGAGAUAUGACAGACGCCGUCGUAAGAAGUUAGUGGAGCAUCGCGCGAGAAGUAGCUACAAAAGUAGCGACAGCAAUGGGGAUAGAACUGAUGAUAAGGGGGAGAGCAGCGUAAACAGCGGUGAUAACAAGGUGAAGAGGCAAUUUGAGAAGCACCCCGAGAAGCGCCCCGUGAAAGGAUCUUCAAACAACGGAAAGGGGCAACCGUUCGACCCGUCCAACGCAGAAAAGGAAAAAUCGCUUAAGGAAGAUGAACAACUGACGCGGAGCCAAGGGGAUGACAAAAAUGCAGACCUCGCAAAUCACCCCAAAACGGAGGAACGGAAGGGAACAGACACUACAGGGGUGAAUGAAACUUCGAAGAGAAAUUUUCAACUAAACAAUGAUGACCUUGCGAAGGAAAAAAAAAUCGAAAGAAUGAUAUACAGAAGCAUGAGAUCAAAUUACGAUGAAGAAUUUUUUGAAACGAAUAACUUGCAAGAAGAGUAUGAACAGCAUUACAAUAAACUGUCCAAAGAAUACGAAUUUUUUGAGGAGGAUAAUCCUUACAAAAAUAAAAAUAGAAAACAAUAUUUCAGAAAGGGGACAUAUGGAAAAAAGAGGUACCCAAAGAAAGCGCACACAUUUUCAAGCUCAAGUGACGGUGAUGAUAGCACCUCCGAUUGUGACAGUAAUGACUCGAACUUUAAUGAAAAGCAUUACGAAUUUAAUGACAUAAAUUUCGAUCAGAUAUAUCAAUAUAUAUAUAAAAAUAAAUCUCCAAAUAGGGAAGACGUAAAAUUUAAAAAGGAUCAUUUGUAUUUAGCCCUGUUAUGGAUUCGAGAAAAAUUGUCCCAUUUUAACAAGUCGCGACAGGUGAACGUACGCCAGUGUAUCCUAGACACAACUUCCCUGAUUGCUUAUCAUAAGCCGUACAAGGAGAGACUCGUUCGCAUGUUCUUCUCUAAAAACAGAAAUUUGCUGACGUUCAGUUCCGUCAACGAGGGCAUACUGGGUACCAUUCGUGCAUUCGAGGGCCGCCUAUGCCUGAAGGUCCCCGUGUACUCCCCCCUGGAAAUUAUGGUGAAGCAUCUCAUUCUGUGCAGAAACUUGCUGCGAGAAAAAAAGGGAAACAUCGGGAUCAAGUACGACUGCCGCUACGUGUGCCAGCCGUACAAACGAUACAUGAUAAAAGUUAAAAACAACAAAAAGAAGCGAAGAUACUUCAAGGAAGCAACGAAGCAAAAGAAUGAGAAGGGAUCCCUAAACGGAAAAAUUAUUGAAGAUAACAGGUUAUCCAUUUUUCAGUAAAUUCGGCUCGAGCAGCUGUCGUUUUUUUUUUUUUUUUUCUUUUUCCACUUUGUUUCACCGUACAUGUGCAAAUGCGUCGCAUGUGUUGUUCCGAGUGCUUUUAGAACUCGAUUCUGGUUUUAAAUUGUCCCCCCCUAGCGCUGUGCUGAAGAAAGGCGCGCACGGGCAUGUAUAUGUAUUGUAUAUGUAUAUGCACCCACCUAUGUGUACAUGUGCACCCUUUAGCAAAUUAAUAACAUGUAGAAACAGCAUCCCUGGCAAGGUUUUUAUACCGUUUUUUUAAAACUAAAAUUU